AUGGCUGUGAAACCAUUACCACACAAUGAGCAGCAACAGAAGGCCAUGUUGCCCUCUAAAAGGAAGACAUUUGAAUCAGAGGGAAAAUUCUUUUAUGAAGUUUCCAAUUCUUCUUCUCAUCAUCAUUCAUCACGUUAUUCUUCAACAACAACAAUAACCACAACAACCACAAUCAGCACCGAAAAGAUGCAACAAAACAUGCAACAUGGUGCAAAAUUUGAAGGAAAGAGAAAAUUCGAAGGCAUUGUGAAACAACAACGCACAUCUCCCAUCUUGCCCUCGGCUAGUUGUCGAUUACAAGUGUCUCUUGAGGAGAUGUCAAAAUACUUUCAUUCGCCGCAGUCGAUUGCAGCUCGCAUGCUUGGAGUGAGUGUUUCUACAUUGAAGAGAAGAUACAAGGAAGUGAGCAAUGGAAACCGUUGGCCUUAUUCUAAGAUGUCCCUUAAUGAAAAAAAGAAAAGUUUGUGGUUUUAUAUCAAUGAAGAGGAUGAGAGUGAAACAACCAUCUCCAACGAAUGUCAUCUUGUGUUACAGAAAGCUUUUCAAAAUUGUACUCUUCCUCCUUCUUUUUACUUUUCAGAUAAAAGAAAGAAAAUAACAUUUCUAAAGUAUAGACCUUCUACUGAUAAUAGUCAAGAGAAAAGAUAA